GUCGCUUGGCUGACCCCACCCAUCGGCAGCUGAGCGCCUGGAGAGCCGAGUGUGCGCGGUGCGCGAGAGCCCGGAGGCAGAGCGCGGCGGUGGGAGCAGCAGGGCCGGCUCGUUCCGGGGGACAAUAGAGGCGCUGGGCCUGGCUGCGGUGCGGUGCGGUGCGCGAUCGGGGCCGGGAGCAGAGGCAGGAUGCUGGCGCUCUUCACCAAGCUUCUGGACUGGUUCCGGGCCCUCUUCUGGAAGGAGGAGAUGGAGCUCACCCUGGUGGGGCUGCAGUACUCGGGCAAGACCACCUUCGUCAACGUGAUCGCGUCGGGGCAGUUCAAUGAAGAUAUGAUCCCAACAGUGGGCUUCAACAUGAGGAAGAUCACCAAGGGAAAUGUUACUAUAAAGCUCUGGGACAUUGGGGGGCAGCCUCGUUUUCGCAGCAUGUGGGAGCGAUACUGCCGCGGAGUCAGCGCCAUAGUAUACAUGGUAGAUGCUGCAGACCAGGAGAAGAUUGAGGCUUCCAAGAAUGAACUUCACAACCUGCUUGAUAAGCCACAGCUCCAGGGCAUCCCUGUCCUAGUUCUUGGGAACAAGCGAGAUCUCCCUGGCGCCCUGGAUGAGAAGGAGCUCAUUGAGAAAAUGAACUUAUCUGCCAUCCAGGACAGAGAGAUCUGUUGCUAUUCAAUCUCUUGCAAAGAAAAGGACAACAUUGACAUCACCCUACAGUGGCUUAUUCAGCAUUCAAAGUCCCGGCGGAGCUGAAAGCCCUUCAGCCAUGCCUCGGAUCGGGAAGAUGCCAUUGUAUAAGCCCAAGCGCACCUCCUCCUUCCUCUUAACCCUUCCUGCUCUUUCCAUUCAUCUCGCCCACCCCCCUUCCCUAGAUGGGUAUUUUAGGGGACCCCAGACUCCUCCUCUGCUGAGACUGAACUCCUGUUUUUAUUGUAAAGAAACUGUCUGCCCCUCCCCGCUCCCUCCUUUGGUUUUGGCACUGUUCUGUUGUCGUCAGUGUGUGUACAGUAUAUAUAUAUAUGUAUAUAUAUUUUAAUUUUUUAAUUUAAACAAUUACACUGUUACUAAACUGGGCUGGUGAGCUGUCUAGGGGGCAGCGGUGAUACUAAUGAGGUUGGGAAAGCACCUGACGCAGUAUUGGGACUGUCUUGAGCAGCCACAGGGGGGGGAAGCCUGGACUGGAGCAUGGCUUUCAGUGGUCCCCGUCUUCCUCUGCUUCCUCCGUGAGCUCUCCCUGCUCCCUCUCUGUGGUGGAAUCCAGUACCUCCGACUGGUUUUGCUUGUGUCUUUGCCUCCCCGAUCUGCUCAGUACUUUGAGUAGGGGGCAAAAAGCUCACUGGGCAGUAUUGUUCUCACUUAGUCCUUUGGUCUAAAACUACAGGGGAGACCCCCCACACUGAAUCCUGGGGAAGAAAGACCUAACCUGUUGUCUUCUAGGGUGAGAUGGUCCGCCCCCCCACACACACGAGCUUAAGUCCCACCCAUGUUUCUACAAAAGACCCUGAAUGUCCUCCUGCACUGCCCAUAUCUGGCGUCUGCUCUGUGCCCUCUUCAACCUGUGUUUUAGCCUUCCUUUGAGAGAUGGACAGAGCGUACCUGGCGAGUCCUCCUUGGUUGAACAGACGCAGCGGUAUCUGAGCCUGUAGCUCAAGAGGGCUCCCCAAAGAGAGAGGGUCUGAUCUACAGGGCUAGCCAGUGAAACUCUUCUCCUGGGCCUCUUGCUCACAGCCAUGUGGGAUAGGGAGUGAUGUUGGCAUAGCUUCCCUCUAAGCUUCUUUCAGCAAGGGUUCGGUCUUGGGACCCUUGCUUUAUCCAUGGUCCUCAAAUCCUAGACCCUCAUGAAGUAGAUUCCGGAACAGAACAGAGGAGAAACCAGAAACCAGCUGGAGAUGUAAGUGUUAGACCACAACUUCUUCUCUAGGAGUGACAGUUUUUCUCAGUUUUGGGGGCUUUACUCCCGCUUUUCCAACACACAUACACACCCUCAUGGGACUGAGAAUAUAACUUGCCUUUUCUCAGGUUUGGGGGUAGAGGCUUUGCUCUUGGGGGGGAAAGGCAGUGGCAGUUGAAGAGAGGGAUUCUUUUCUCUCUCGUGAGUAGAAAUGAGCUGAGGGGAAGAUUGUGCUUCAAACCCUGCUGGGCAAUGGAGUAUCUGAGUUUCUGGCCACAGGUUGUAUCAGGAAAGAGGGAGAUAUUCCUGGCAGCUUAAUCUGGACCAGUGUGCUGGUAUCUGUUCAGUCAGAGCUGAAUCAGGGACCAGAGAUGGGAUCAUGGGAAGAAUCGUAAAGCUUCAUGUGCUAGCCCCUCCUGCCUCCCUGCGAAGGGCAACUGUGGCCAUACCUUCCCGUUGAGCUGUGGGCAGGAGUGACACUGUAGGGCCCUUCCGGCCCUCGCCUAACCUAGCCUGUCCCAGCCCUUCACGGGGCUGCUCCUCUGGAGGUGGGGCUUUCUAAACUGCAUCCUUUUUCUUCUUCUGUUCUCAUUUUCACACAAUUGCACAAUGAGAUAUUUACUUUUUUUUAAUUUAAUGAAUUGUAAAGUGUCAUUUAUUCCUUUUAAAAAUAUAUUUUGGCUUAUUUUGACCUUCUCUGACGGGAAAUGAUUCUUGUAACAGUACUUUUUUUUGCCUCCUAAUAAUAACAACAAUAAAUUGACAAUUUUGUGUUGUUAGUGGUUGUACUGUGGUAAUCUAUCUCCACCAAGAUUUUCUUCGUGCAUACAUGUCAUCUUUCAGAUUGGCACCAGGCACAAUUUUUGCAACUAGUUUGUCUCUUCUGUAGUCUUUUGCCGGUCUGGGAGGGCUCCAGGGCCUUGGGGCAGAGCCUGUGCAGGAAAGCAGCAGACGAAGGGAGGAGUCUGAUCUAUCUUGAAACGUUUGCAGGUGUCACUCCAGAAUAAUUGUGUGUCUUGAUUGGCAGAAUCCUCAUCUAACAGACCAGUUUCUGGAGUUUCCAAGAUUGUGACCUGUAAGCAAAAUAGACAUGGAUGCCCCGAACCCCUGCAGCCCGUUGUUCAGAUAGCUGCUUGAAAGGCAGCUGCAUAGCAGUUCUGUUCCAUGGGAUGUGCCAUUUUUGUGUGUUCUCCCAUACAGUUUUCACUCUUGCACAGUGCAGCUGCUAACUGCAAGGAAUUAGUUUGUGCUAGCAUGGUAAAUGCUCCUGGACCCCCCUGUAUGUGUGUGAGUGGGUACCACUUCAGGGCUGUCCCCGUGUCAUGACACUGAAAACUUUGUGUGCAGCAGCAGUAAAAGAGAAUGAAAGACUGCGAGAAAAGUACAACUUCCAGCUUCCUAAUACCUUUAUAGUAAUUGAAGGAAUGGCCACAUUUGGAACACUAAGUUACAGUUCUGGGAAUCUUAUUUCAAACUGGAUGUCCCAGGACUGGAAUAGAUAUAGAAAAGAAUAACCAGACUGAUCAAGGGGUUGUAAAAUUUCCCAGUAAGCAGCUAAAACAUAUUAACCUUCAUAGCUCAGAAAAGGGGUAACUAAAAGAAGACAAUAAGAGGUUGAUGGGAUGAAUAAUAAUACAGAAAGAUAGAUUUUUCUCACUCUCAGAAUAAAAGAACAUGGGGUCACUCAGUCGAAUUGACCAAGACAAGGCAAAAGAACUUCUUGUACAUCAUGGACUUGGGCAUUCAUUGACAAAAGGUGUGACGGCCAUUCAGCCAAGUGUUGUUGCGGGAUUUUCCAUCCUGCUCUGAAGCUAGUUUAAUUGCAUGAGCUUUUUUAUGCAAGGGAAGGAUUAAAUGUUUUUUGUAUGCAUGAAGAGCUGUAAGAGGUUGGUUUUAUACUGUUCAGCUACUAUGCUGCUGAGCAGUAUCUCAAAAUGCCAGAGGUGACUGCAUUUCCACUUAGUGUUGGAUGCAGGCCAAGCUUACCCAGACUACAAUGAAUACUCUGAUAUGGAUUAGUAGUUUGGUAGAACAAGAAUAUCAAGGGAAUAGAGGCAGCAGUUCCGAACUGGAGGUGGGGAGAAAUAUGUACUCAUUUCGGAAGUAUGAACUCUCUUUUCCAUUCAUCAGCAGUUUCUGCCUCCUCCCCCCCCCCCUUUUGUUCUUUUUUUUGCUUGCUUUUUCCUGCACUAGUCAUCUUCAGGAGUCCCAGCUCUCCUCCAGGGUUCUGAACCUAUUCUUGUGAUUUUGGUUUCAUACAAAUCCCAAAUGAUUUCCAGCCAGUCAGAACCCGUGGAACUCCAGUGGAUGGGAGGAAGUGAGCUACCUUCAUUUUGUGGCUCUGGAUAGCAGCACCAGCUUAGCCAGACUUGUAUUUGGCUUUUAGUUUGGCUGAUUCCACAUAGGCCAAAAACCAGUGUGAAAACAGUAUAAACCCUUUGGCACCGUUUAAAACCCUUUUACACCGUUUUCACACCGUUUUCACACUGCUGUUUUUGGCCCAUGCGGAAUCAGCCUUAGAGUUUGAGCAUCAGCUUAGGGAAGGAAAACUUGUUCUAGUAUGGCAAAUAAUCAUCCUAUUAAGGGCCUGUCGUUCCUAUCUUAUGCGUAUGGGUUCUGUGGAAAGGAGGUUUGUGGUAAAAGAGAAGCCUUAACCCUUCCAGAGAAACCUGUCCAGAGAAAGGAUAAUCCUUCACUUGGAACUCAGCUACAAAGUAGUUGCUCUCAUUGAGGGAAAUUCUGUGAUUUCUUGUGAAGUUGAGAGCCAAUUUUACUUUACAUAUUGAAGCUGUCCAUAAAAAACGUUGAUCCUAUUAAAUAUUUUCUGCUAAAUAAACCUUUGUUCAUCUC